UAUUUUCUAUAAUGCGAUGUCGUUCUCGUCAAGAAUUGUUUUAGCACUUGUCGCUAUUGUUUCCCACAAAGCUUCCUCGAAUGACUUGGAACAGCUUCAUCCAUUUUUGUUUUUCAACGAGAAUGACAUCCCUAACCUUCACGAACGCGCACGAACUACUCACGCUGAAAUAUCUCAAAGGAUCUACUUAGCCAGUCAAGAGAUUAAACAUCGACCUGAAUAUUAUUUACCGCCUAAGGAGUGGAAAAUUUUUUCUAGUGCUUGGAACGAGGAGUAUGGCAAUCACCUCACUGCGUUAGCUUUCCAUUGCGUUCUCAAUCCGCAGGAUAUCAAUGCGACAGAGCUUGCUAUUCUGUUUAUGGAGCGGCUUUCCAAUCUUCCCAACUGGCGCGUCGCCGCUUCAUUCCAUGACGAUGUCCCCGUAGCCCACUCUUUAACCGGCAUGGCGACAGCGUACGACUUUCUGUACACGCGUUUAAACGACGCUCAAAGAGCUCGCUUCUUAGGGAAUAUAACGGCAGUUACAAAGGAAUUGUACGAAAGAUCUUUCAAGCUUUGGUGGGGAUCUACUUAUCUUCAAAAUCACGUAGCCACAAACUAUAUGGCGAUAUUUAAUGGCGCCUUGAUUGUCGCCCGACACAAGUUCUUGGAGGGGGAGAAAUGGCUGUCACGAGCUCAUUUAAUGUUAAGUAGAAACUUAGAGCUGUUUAACUUCAUUGUGGAUGGUUCCAAUAACGAAGGCGUCGCGUAUGGCACCUAUACAACACGUUCACUAACGCAGUAUGUGUUCCUUGCGUUACGCCACUUUCGCGUAGACGUCACGCAAUCUCCUUGGCUCAAAGAGCACGCGUCGUUUCUUUACCAUACGGUGCUCCCAGGGUUCAAGGAAACUGUUGGCUAUGGCGACUCUAAUCGGAACUGGUUUUACGGCCCUGAAAGCCAGCUAGUUUUCCUAGACAACUAUGUUUUGAGAAAUGGCUUGGGAAAUUGGCUGGCUAGACAGAUUAGAGAGCGCAAGGUUCAAAUAGCAAAGGUGAAAGUCUACAAUCAAGCGGCUUCACAACAAAGAAGCAUGCUUCACACAGAGUUCCUAUUGUACAAUCCUGAUAUUCAGGAGAGAGCACUACCCAACCCAAGCCUGCCUCGACUGCACGUGUUUAGCGACUGGGGAGUAGUAACUUACGGGGGAGGAUUAGACAUAUCUCCCGGUGAUAACUUGGCCAGUCCCUGGGGUAAGAAGAGAACGUUUCUUUCCUUUAAGUGUGGGGUGCUCCACGGACGGGCGAUAAACUCUCUUGUUAGAACAAAACGUGUUCGAUCAUGGCUGCCACAAGGAUGGAGAGGCUUUAACCCUGGCCAUGAGCAGCCGGACCAAGGGUCAUUUGUGUUUGCCCCAAAUGGAGUACCCUUCAUUACAGAGACAUACUACGCCUACAAGUACACUUUCCUUAAUAAUGCUUUAGUAUUCGGGCCGUCUCAGAAGUCAUCUUGCUACGAGCCCUUUGAGGGGCAGAUAGGAGAGUGCAACAAGUGGAUUAAUUUUCGAACAAUGGAAGCUUGGAGAGCCGAGGGAGAUGUUAUAUCAGCGUCAAGUGAAGAUGAUAUGGUCUUUAUGAGCGGAGAGAUGAGUGGUUGGUAUCGACAAGAACUGGGCCUUCUUAGUGUAUAUCGUUCCCUAAUUAUGUUGAAUCCCAGCUCGCUCCUAGUGGUUGAUCAUAUUGAACGCAAAAUAGGCAGUCAAGCAUCUGUUAUGAGCGCCUUCUUUCAUAACGUGGACCAUCCUUUCAUAGUCAAUGCAAACAUGUCAACAACACCCCAUGCUAUUGUUUCUAUAGAGGGACUUUUGAACAGAGUUUACUGGUCUAACUUAGGGACCGAUCAGAAGAGUUUUGCCAACUCGACAAGUUACUCGUCAAGCUUCCAUUCCUUUCGAACGCAUUACCUUAAUAUAACAACGCCGUUGAACGUACGAUAUACACGUACUGCGUACUUAUUUCUCGGCCCUGGACAUAAAGUAGACCAACUCCCACAAAUAGUGACUGGGCAUGAUCAUGGAGUGAAGCUCUCGGUGACAGUCAAUGGAGUUGGUUAUAAUGUUUCCAUAGCAACAAAGCAUAAUGAACCUUACUCUAGAUAUAAAUUCUUAGAUUUUGGAGGAUACUGCAAGGUUGAGAUCGGCAAGAAGACUCUGCGUUUCGGUUUGGAUGUCAUGUCGUUCGGAGAGGAGAAAGAUUUAAUUUUAUCCCCAAGUGAGAGUAACUCGCAUACAACUUGGAAUGUUUUAUCCUCUUUGUUCCUACCAUUUACUGUUUCGAUCUUGUUGCUCUUUCUCUACUUACAACUUCGACGAAAGAUUCUUCGAAGAGCCAUCUGUGAUUUGCUCGUCAUUUGUCUCGGGGUGCCAUGGUUAAUAACGAGUACAGCUGUUUGUGUUGGUUUUUGUGUAGACGAGGGAUGUGACUUCAAAAUACCCACAAUGCUUAGAAAUUCCCGCGCAGGUCGUGUUCUCUCCGAAUCAGUAGAAACUCCACCGUUUGUGUUAUUCACGUCUCUACCUCUAGCAGGCUCUGAAAUACUAAGACACUUGUUUAAAAACUCUUCGAAUUUCUUCUAUGUAGAAGUUGGGAGAGGUGCGUCAAAGUUUUUGGAUCCGUGUUCUACUUUUCAUCGUUUUCACCUUUCAUCUGAAGCGCUUCGAGAUCGGAAAUGGUUUCGUGGUCUUGCUAAAGACCCGAAAAGAGUUUUACCCAAAUUACCCAAAAAGCUCCACAAGGCUCUUCCAGCUGUCCGGCUUUCGGACCCCGCGUGGGGUCUGAAGUUCUCGUGGUUAUCAAAGAUCGUGAAGGAAAGAAUGCGUGCCAUAGUCGUGGUUAGAGACCCGAGAGGGUGGGUGAACGCGUGGCUUCGAGAAAUUCGCGUAGAUGCCAAACUUCGCACUUCUGUCCGCACCGCCUUUGAUACAAUUAAAGCUCUCAGGUGCGCAGAGACGAAUAUGUCAAAUUUCGCGCCUGAGUUCCUAGAGAUGCAGCAAGUACUCAAAGAACAUAACGAUAAGAACGAGAAAGAAACCCUCGUGCAUUUUCUUGCCUAUCUCUGGCUUGCGCAGACUCAAGCGGUUCUGCAUGCCAAUGCGCACCUUCAAAUGGGAGGUAUACGCUUUGUUCAAAUAGAAGACCUAAUCCUAAAACCUCGAAAAACGGCAGAGGAACUUUCUCGCUUUGUAGGUGUUCCUUUUUCGCCGGCUGCAGAACAUCGCUUACUCACAGUCGUUAAGACUGAGGAAUUUGGUUUGGGUUCUUCGCGUGAAUUGAUCGGCUCUAGAAUGGUCAAAGCCUGGGAACAAGAACUGAGCGCUUCAGACAUCUCGAGAAUUGAGGAAAUUUGCUCUGAAGUGAUGAAAAUACUUCGAUAUGAUUUACCAGAUUAGGCAGUGCAAAACAAAAAAGAGAAGACGAAUGUUGUCAAGCCAGAAAAUUUGCAAAGGAGGAGCGAACGAGUACGGUCAAUAAUUGCACGAAGCGAACUCAAGUUGAUGAGUUAAGAUGAAUAUGAAAGCGAUCUUCGCAGUAAUGGGCACUCUAAGCAGUAUUGAAAAUAAGGCCUGAUAAAAAUUCAGGCCCCUGCGGAUGAAUUUAGACUGAAUUUUUCAAAAGGCAAAGACUGAGAACAUUAUCCUUUCUUCAGAACGUUAAAAAGUGUAUUACCCUGCCAUUUAAAUUCCGCCCUGUUCGCAGAUUUGUUUCAUCCAAUCUAGGCGGGGAAUCAGUGUGUUUAGUUGGUAGAUUUCAAAUGCAGAACAGUAGAUCUCUUUCUGGGCUACGAUCCUAGACGCGUUUCCUGUUUUCGCUUCUGUCGAGCGGCAGAAAGAAGCAACAACAGGAAAUAUGUCUGCUUUCGUGGGCAGAUCAGUCUUUCAAAAACUUUGAAUAGAGUCACAAUCGGGUUACCGACGUUUUUAAAAUUUUUGCUUGUAACGGUCGUGCAGUUUAGGCUUUAUGAGACAAUGGAAGUUAAUCUGAUGAUUGCUUUGAAGAUCAGACCGAUGACGGAAGAAGUUUGAAUAGUUUGGAAAUCCGUGACUUGAAUUUUCUCUCUUAAUGCUUAGGCCAUUGGCCCAACGUGUUGGAUAAAUAACAUUCCAAUUAAUGAGAA